AUCGCUUAUGCAUUAAUAAUAAAUAUGAAUUAAUCAUAAAUUAUUCCAGGUUACACAGGCUGUAUAGCUUCACCUCAAUGUUACGUAUUUCCAUGCACUCAUUGACGUCAUAGGAGCACUUUGUAACACCCUCCCCCAAUUACCUUUACACAGCAAUAACUUUCUUUCAACCUCACUUAAUAUCAUGAAACUCCAAGUCACUUACCUAAUUGCAUAUUGUACUUAAUCUUUACAAUUAUCUACCUAAUACCAACGCCCCUUCAACAUGCCGAUCGAUUACCAAGGCACGAAAAUCCCAACGUGCUAUGCAACAUGCAGCAUCGGGUACAAAGACUCACACACCCUACCCCUCAAACUCAAGGCCAUAGCAGACGCCGGCUUCGACGCCAUAGAGCUGUCGAUGCCGGACAUACUAUCCUACGGAGAAAUGCUCCACGGCAAAAAACCAGACCCCAAGGACUACGACGCCUUAGUAGAGAUCGGCAAGCAAAUACGACUCCAAGCCGCAGAGCAUAACCUCAAGAUCCUCAUGCUCCAGCCCUUUUCCAAUUUCGAGGGCUGGCCUAAAGGGAGUAGCGAGAGAAAAGACGCGUUCGACCGCGCGCAGGGCUGGAUCCGUGUCAUGCAGGCCGUCGGCACCGAUAUGCUGCAAGUCGGGUCGUCGGACGCUCCCGGGAUCUCGGAUUCAUUCGAGGUCUUAGCGGGCGAUUUGGCGGAACUGGCUGAUCUGUGCGCGGAGAAGGGAAUGCGCAUCGCGUAUGAGAAUUGGUGCUGGGCUACGCGGGCGCCAGGAUGGAGGGACGUGUGGCGGAUCGUGGAGAUGGUCGGGCGGGAUAAUGUCGGGCUGUGUCUUGAUACUUUCCAGAGCUGUGGUGGAGAGUGGGCGGAUCCGACGACGCGGUCGGGGCUUGUUGAGGAUGUUGGACUGCGGGAGUUGGAGAGGAGGUGGGGUGAGAGCUUGGGGGAGUUGAGGAGGACGGUUCCGCCGGAGAAGAUAUUUCUCCUGCAGAUUUCGGAUGCGUAUAAGAUGGUUCCUCCUAUCGAUGCUACGGUUGGUGAGGAGGGCCUGCGGCCGAGAGGGCGGUGGAGCCAUGAUUACCGACCGCUGCCUUGUGAUGGGGGGUACCUCCCUGUGAAUGACUUCCUGCAGGCUGUUCUUGGGACGGGGUUCAGGGGAUGGUUGUCGAUUGAGGUUUUUGAUAGUAAGGCACCUGGGAAAUAUUCCGACAUGGUUGAUUUUACCAAGACGGCUAUGCUAUCAUUGGAGAAGCUGCUGGCAGAAUAGAAUUGGACUUGGGACAUAUUUCUCGUUGUGAUGGACGGGAUAGAUAUUCGUACCAACGACAAUCCCUUGAGGAAUUAUGUGUGUACCAACGAUGAAAGGUUGGUCGCCGCUACCAGGACGGAGUUAUCUCCAAAGAAUCUCUGAUGCGGAGGGGGACAUUCGCAAAGCUUCCUCAACUAUCGCCUAUAGUUUGUCCUUCGCCGAGAAGUAGCCCGAGACCUGUGUCGCGAGGAUAUCCCGGGUUGGGCAGCGCAAUUAUCGCAACGGAAGCAGGGAUUCGUUCCGUUAAAUCUGUCGUAGAUAGUUGGCUGAGAAGGUUGGAGGUGGGAUAGUGGUCGACUACGGUGAAUGUUUCUCGCUUGUCUAUUUAGAUUAACAUCUUGCGAAACAGCUGACUACCCGCGGACCUCGCUCCUCGAUGUUGGUGAAUGUUGGAGCGACAAAGUAUAAGCAGCUAAUAUCGUAAGAAAAAUAUGAUAGGUCAAAGAUUCUUAGUGAUAGAUGUCUCGGAGUUUGCGCUGAUGGUGAAAGCGGUAUUACCUCUGGGCUGCCUACCUAGGUACAGAAGGCUUACCUCUGAACAAAGUACCUAGUGGCAGGCUAGCUGGCUAGGUGCCUCCUACAUAAUAGGAAAAACUGCG